AUGUCGCUACACGCGUUUUGGGGCCCAAGCCGGUCGUCAAGCCCGCGAAACUUAUCUGUGACGUCUUCCUCGAGGCAAUCUACCGAUCUAAACGAGCCGAUACCGUCGACCGAGCGAACGUCAGGCGUGGAGCAACCUCUCCAUCGGUCUACCUGCCCUCCACAUUCUCUGUCGUUCCCCAUUGACUGGGGCGUGCUUCGGCGACACGAUGGCACGAUUCUCAAGGGUAUACAGUAUCGCAUACGGGACAAGAGGAACGUGGGCAGACGAGUGAAGGUCUCGUGGAUCUAUUCAUAUGGAGCAGAGUUGGAGCAUAGUAAUGACAAGUACUUCCUAUGCGCCGAUUGCCAUACCAAGAAGCGGUAUACCAGCCAGUUAUUCGCAGCAGAAUCGACGACGGCCGCAAUCCAGCAUCUUUUAGAGUUCCACAAGAUCAAACGGCCUUCGAAUUCGACCACCGAUGACGAUGAUAUCGACACCACCAACGCCGCAGAAGUUUUCCAGCUCAUCAUGCCAUUUAAUGAGGAUGAGUACAAGCAAAAGCUCAUUGACUGGGCCAUCAAGCUACGCCUUAGCUACCGAGAAGUCACGGACGAGUCGACCACUGAUUUACUCACAUACGGCAAGCCUCCGCUCGCGCGCCUGUUACCAACGCAUCACUCAACGCUCUCGCGGUGGAUUAAGGAUUCGAUGGCAGCACGCUUACCAUUCAUCAUCGAAUUGGUGCAGUCUGCACUCAGCACCAUCAACCUCUCGAUCGACGGAUGGCGAGCUCACAAUCGCAGAGAGUACGUCGCUGUUUGCGGACACUUCGUCGAUGGCCAAGGCCAUCCUCGAACACUCCUCCUCGGCUUCCCACGACGUUAUGGCGGUCACACUGGCGACGACCUCGCAGCACUGGUAAAGCCAGUAAUUCUACAAUACGGCAUCGGCGAGAAGCUCGGCUCCUUCGUUAUGGAUAACGCUGAUGACAACGACAAAUGCCUCGAGGUGUUACAGCGUUCCUUUUCCUCGAUCGAUCCAGAAGCAGACCGUAUUCGCUGUAUCGGCCAUAUUAUUAAUCUCGUCGUUAAGGCUCUCUUAUUUGGCGAAGGCGUCAGCGCGUGGGAGAAGAAUCUUAUUGAGGCUUCGGAGGAGCAGCGUGUAGCUCUCUGGACCCUCAAAGGCGUCAUUGGCAAGCUGCACAACCUCGUUGUCUACAUUAAUCGAAACGACGCACGCCGUGAGCAGUUGAGAGCUCGCAUGCGCGUCACGAAGACAAGCGACGGCAUGCUGUUUGUCGGCGUGCUCCUCAGUGACGGUGGCAUUCGAUGGAACGCGACGUUCUACAUGAUCGAGCGUGCUCUUAAGUGUCGGCCUGCCAUCGAUCUUUACCAGGCGCAGUGGAAGCCUCCGGAUAAAAACGACAAGCACAAGAAUGACUUCCUCACCGAGGCUGAUUGGCACGAGCUUGAGCUCUUCUAUAGGCUCCUGCAGCCCUUCGAGCGACUCACGAAGCGACUACAAUGCCGUGCAGAUGGCGAGGGCAACGAAGGCGGCCAAGGCUCGGUGUGGCAGGUACUUUACGCCAUGGACUUCUUGCUCACGAAGCUUGAGAGCGUCAAAGAAGAGAUACACGCAAUGGAUGCUGAUAACAAGGACGAACUUUCGCCCUAUUACUCCGCAGGCGUGCUCGCUGCAUGGUCGAAGAUCAACACGUACUACGAGCUCACCGACCGAUCACCGAUCUACCGUAUGGCCAUCGCUCUCCACCCAGCCUACCAAUUCGAAUACUUCAGGGCGAAGUGGUGGAAGCGAGAGGAUUGGAUAAGGACAGCACAGAAGGAGCUAACUGCAUAUUACGAUCGCUUCGCCGCAGUCACGGUGGCCACUGACCACGUCGACCAGGCCGAGACUUCUCCUUGUUCCUCGCCGACGAUCGACGACGAAUUCGAUGCUUGGGGCCAUACAACAGAUCGACCACACCGUGGCAAGAGGAGGAAGGUGGAGACUGAGUGGGAGGUCUGGAUAAAGCAGGUGCCGUCGAAGGACGACAUGAACGUUAAGAAUCCUCUGGCGUGGUGGGUGGACCGACGCCACGUUUGGCCCAUUCUCAGCAAACUUGCCCUUAACAUCUUCAGUACGCCGGCGAUGAGCGCAGAGCCAGAGCGCGUAUUCUCCGACGGCGGCGAGCUUAUCACCGAUAAGCGCAACGGCCUCGGCGAUGACACAGUUGAAGCUGAGAUGAUACAGAAGAAUUGGAUUACUUCCAAGAUUUUGCAUGGGAUUGUGACACCUCGAGGUCUAUACAAAUUACCGGAUUAG